GGAGUUGGCCAUCCAUGAAAUCAAGGGAAACAUUUGGAACUACAGGAAUUCAACUGACAUCGUUAAUGCUUGGGAAAUGACAAAGAAACCACGCAGUGAAUUCGUCCACGAAUUUGAUAAUGGCACGGAUGUAGAAAGGACAAACAGCUGUGAAGGAGCCUGUUAUUUUAUUUAGAAGUGAACUGUGUCGCCCAAAAGCAAACACAUUGAACAUUGCAUCUUCUUAGGAACUUCGUCUAAAUAGAUGAAAAGCAUAACAUGGGUCGGCAAAACUUUAAAACGUCUCAUGACAAUUUAGCAGGAAGACCAAAGAACUCGAGAGGGAGCCCAGAAAGACAUAGGAAGAUAUCCAAUAAGUUUGAGACUCGUUCAUUCACGUUUAGUGAGAAGGGAAACACCGAAGAGAAAUAUAUUCCAAUAUGCCUUAGAUCUGGACCAGGGCCAGGCGCCUAUUCUUUGAAAUCUACACUAGGGAUGGACGGCGACAUAACAUUGAGUACUUCAAGCACAGCCCCUACCCUCAAACCUCGCUUUGAUCCGAUAAUAGACAAUAGUCAACCCGGUCCAGUGUAUUACCCUGAUCCUAAAAUCACAAGGCACGGCAACAUGCAGGGACAAAGCAUGGUCUUCACAGGUAGAGCCAAGCACCCAGAACUGGAGAACACCCCAGGUCCGGGGGCGUACUCUAAUCAGUAUGUCCCUCUACACAAGGCGUAUUCUCACCUCCCCACCCCACUGACUCAUAGUCUUGGACCGCGCACCGAAUACAAUCCUAACAUUACUAAGCCUGCCCCUAACCGAUACAGUCUCCCCGGGAAUAUAGGAGACGCGUCAAGUCAAUUCAGCGCCAAAUCCAGCAUUACACGCAGAUUCGGAGAACGUACCAAGUAUGGUGAUUAUGCGUAUGAUUACGCCAAGACACCGGGCCCGAAUACAAUGCUUAAGAACGAAGAUGCUUAUAAGAAAAGAGCACCAACUGCCGUUCUAGCCAGCCGGACAAACAUGGCUACAGGUAAAACGAGUAAUCCAGCCCCUGGUACUUAUAAUCCCCAAAAUGUGACGCUGCACCAACGCAACGGUCCUAAGUUCUCAAUGGGUACCAGACACUCCAACGCUGUGUUUAACCUUAUAUCGGAGAUAGUGGACUGAUUAGAAUUAUCGACCUUAAAAUUUGACCUAGUUCUUUGACGCUGCUAGGGAUAAGACAGGCAAGGCAAGGAAAGACAAGGCUUAUAAUUAAUGUGACUUGUAACCGUGAAAAUGAAGUGACAAGUCUCAUAAUAGUAUUGCUAUUGUUUUAACUCAAUUAUUGCCUCAUCUUAUUUAUUUUGCCUCGC